ACAUACACAGGCCCAGAUGAUGUUGCGGGGUCGAGCAAUGUGUGACUUUAGCCCUGGGAACAAGUAUACCUCCUCCAAGUCGAUGUUUUUAAGUGUUACUCAGCUAAAUUUUGCCGAAAAGCGGAGUGCAAUCCAAGAAUUAUGGCUACUGAAACGGUUUAUAAACGGGCUCCUAUUAGAGGAGAAAAUCCAGAUAAUUCCUCAAAAAUUGAUGAGUCACCACCUGAUGACCAGCCGGGUAAAACGACCAGAUCUUUCAUUAUUCUUGCUCUGAUAUUCUUCUCAGCAUUAGGUUUUAUGACGUUUGUUUACUACAGUUUCCCACAACUGGAUCCAGAUGAGGUCCAGUACAUCAAACUGCCAAGAGAUAUUGAAGAUGCCAAAGCACUAGGAAGAGUCUUAUCUCGCUAUAGUAAAACGUACUACGUCACUGUCUUAGUGGCAUUCUUCAUAACUUAUAUAUUUUUACAGACAUUUGCAAUUCCAGGCUCCAUCUUUCUCAGCAUUCUGUCUGGGUUCUUGUUCCCAUUCCCUCUUGCAUUACUCCUGGUUUGUUUGUGUUCAGCCAUUGGAGCGUCUAAUUGUUAUUUAAUAUCCUACCUCGUCGGUGUACGCCUUGUUAUGAAGUAUAUACCAGAGAAAGUAGAGAGUUGGUCUAAAACGGUCGCCAAACAGCAAGAGCAUCUGCUGAACUAUAUUAUUUUUCUACGAAUCACGCCGUUUCUGCCUAAUUGGUUCAUCAAUAUUACCUCACCAGUCCUCAAAGUUCCCAUUACACCAUUCUUCAUUGGGACAUUCUUAGGAGUAGCUCCCCCGUCAUUUGUAGCAAUUCAAGCCGGAACUACUUUAUAUGACUUGAGUCACUAUGGAGACACUGUAUCAUGGACUUCAGUUAUUGUUUUAGCCGUACUAGCUAUUGUGUCUAUACUACCCGUUAUAUUGAAAAAUAGAUUGGGUAAGAAAUUUGAGUAAUAAUUAACCUCUGAUUAUGUCUAUAGCACCCGUUUCAGACAGGCGCUCUACAGUCACGCCAAACCAAAUUCUGAAUUGAGCACAUGAAAAGUUUGACGUCUGAAAUAGUUAAGAGUGACUGGACGUGCUAGAAGUCGAAAGAUCGACAGUUGCAGUCGUUCGGAAUGACUCUGAAGCGCCUUGGUUUCAGACGUCGAUCUUGU